AUUAUCAAAGUGUCCAAGUAGACUCUUUUGUGCAUGUUUUAUUUUAAUAUUCAGUCUCGUGAUGGCCCCCGUUCGGGUAACUCCGACUCGUGGAGAUGGUACUCGCGCGCUGAUGGCUUUAUCCAAGUGGGCUUCACGUCAUGCAGAGAAGCACUCGUUGAGCUGGAAGAAGGUGAUCACUCCAGCUGCUCUGAUUGAGAAGACUCAUGCCCGACAACUCGCUGCGCGUGACAAAGUGUUCGAGCGCCAUCUCCCGUUCUCGUGGCUGCGGUUCUUCAUCGGAGCUGUGUCGCUAGCUCUCGUUUUCUCCGACGUCUUACGCUCCGGUGUGGGCGUGUCGAAUCUUCAAGAUGUGUACCCAUCACUGCAGCCAGACGAAGUGAAGAAGCCAGAAAAGGCAGCACAACAGCACGUGUAUGGAGCUACAAAGAUUUCGGACUCCAAUCCGGACCGGUGGGACUGA